AUGAAACGUUCUUCCGUUGGCAUAAUAAUAAUAAAAUCCUCCGCGGUAGAUGGGAGAGUGAAACAAUCGGAGGAUCGAGAAAAGAGGAAGGAAAAGCUCUCGAAAGUUAUUAGAAAGAGAGAAAGAAGAGAGAGACCACGUCACUAA